AAAAAAAAAAUUAAUAAGACAUUAAAAAAUGGUUACUUGGUAGAGGCGUUACCCGGGUGGACCGGUGGGUUUAUAUUUAUAGGAGAACAUCGCAUAUGCAAACAUAUCCCAACUUUUGUUCUCAUUCUUCUCUUACAUUAUUCUCUCUCAACUUUUUCUUCCAAAACUCUCUGAAUUUUAUAAUUUUAUUUGUACAUUUUUUUAGGAGAGAGAAAAUUAAAUUAAAUUAAAAAAAAAUGGAACAGACAAAGCCGUCAAAAUUCAAGAGGGUUUGUGUGUUUUGUGGAAGCAGUUCCGGCAAGAAAUUGAGCUACCAAGAAGCUGCUGUUGAGCUUGGCAAUGAACUGGUGGAGAGAAGGAUUGAUUUGGUGUAUGGAGGUGGCAGCGUGGGUCUGAUGGGUCUUGUUUCUCAGGCAGCUCAUGAUGGUGGGCGCCAUGUUCUAGGGGUCAUUCCAAAGAGCCUUGUUUCUAAAGAGAUAACUGGUGAAACCGUUGGGGAAGUGAAAACUGUAUCAAACAUGCACCAGAGGAAGGCUGAAAUGGCUAAACAAGCUGAUGCAUUCAUUGCAUUACCUGGUGGUUACGGCACUCUUGAAGAACUUCUAGAAGUCAUCACUUACGCUCAGCUAGGAAUACACCGAAAACCUGUGGGUCUGUUGAAUGUGGAUGGGUACUACAAUUGCUUAUUAUCUUUUAUCGAUAAGGCCGUUGAUGAAGGCUUUAUCUCUCCAACGUCUCGUGGGAUCAUUGUGUCAGCCCCAACAGCCAAAGAAUUGUUUAGAAAGCUUGAGGAGUAUGUCCCCGAGAUCGAUGAAUUGUCGUCUAAGUUGAUCUGGGAGGAAGUGGAGAGGCCUAAUUAUGUCUCUGAAUCGGGCGUCACAACAUAACCGUGCUCAUGUGUGCUGCUGCUGGUUUUCGGAAUUUUGGGGGGGCCUCGGCCUAUAGCAUACACAAAAGUACAGUGAUAUGUGAUGCUGAUAUAUGGGGUAAUCUAAUGUUUAGUAUAGGAAGGAAAAGGGGCCUCUGGUUUUUUGGUACUUAGACAAAUGAAUUGACCACCCCAUUUUGGUUGUAUACGUGACCGGAAAACGAAUGGUUUUAACAAAAAUCAAUGGAAAAAAUGAAGCAAAAAAAUUAGCCUAAACUAUUAGUUACUUGGUCAAUCUCUGGAUGUAUAAAUUUAAUUUUGAAUUAUCCAAACUUUUUGCCACUUUUUUAUGCUUCAUCA